UAGCUUCACAUAGGUUAGAUUCUUGGCGAUACUAAGAUUCCAGCUCAGUCGCAGUUGAGAUGGACUCGUCUAUGUACCUGUAUGAUGUCCCCCCAGUUUUGAUGGAGAAGUUUUGUAAGAUAAUCGACAGCGGUGAUGACAGCCUCGGAUGGCGCGGGCUCGCGGCGCGUAUCGUGCCAAGUUGGACGGAGGUGCGACGCACCGAGAGGCUGGAGGCAAUAGGCAAGAGCCCCACUCGAGAACUCAUCUGGUCGUGGGCGCAACAGAACAAAACUGUUGGGGACCUUGUGAAGGUGUUGGAGGAUAUGGGUCACACCAGAGCUCUACAGCUCUUUAUUCCUCAAGAAACACAGUAUUCCUUCCCCAACAGACCAUCAAAGAGCAGCAAGGAUAAUCCCUCCCCUCCUCAAUUACCCACGCCACCCCCACCUGCCAGCGAGUCGACCCGACCUGGGUGGAACCAGUCUAAUGAUCAUGUGUCAAGUGAAGGUAGAAACCACAGGCUUGUGAUCACCUACUCAGACGUCAUAGAGGGAACUAGACAUUUUCACCAGGACAUGAAGAUCUCUGAGGGCAGCUUCUCUGCUGUCUACAGAGCGGUGAAGGGAAAUGAAACCUUCGCUGUCAAGCUCUUCAAGCAGGUGCAGAAAGCCUCAUGGAGGAAGUUGUGGGAUCUAUUCAGGAGAGAGAUGGAAGUUCAUCAUCUCUACCAGCAUCCUAACAUCUUAGAGCUGUUGGGUUGUUACUCUGAUGGGGAUCGUUACUGGCUGGUAUACCCUUACCUUCCCAACGGAUCACUGUUCCACAGACUGCAUGACCAGAACGCAGUGCCUCCUCUCUCAUGGCAGGAACGUCUGGACAUCAUCAAGGGGACGGCUAAGGCUGUACAUCACCUACACAUGGCUCAGCCCUGCACUGUGGUCUGUGGUAACAUCACAAGUUCUAACAUACUGCUGGACGAGCGGCUGCAGCCCAAGCUGUCUGAUUUUGGGACGGCCCGUCUCAGACCCCACUCCGUCAGUCAGAGCUGCACCGUUACCUUGGAUACGACCUUCGGAACCCUGGGCUACCUGCCGGAGGAAUACGUACGAGACGGAAAGCUGUCCGUCAGUCUGGACGUGUUCAGCUUGGGAGUGGUUAUAAUGGAAAUGAUAACAGGACGGAAAGCUAGAGAGGAGACUCCUAAACACACCCUGCUGAGAAACAUCCUACGUGGAGAGGUGGAGGACACUGGCAGUGUAGACUCCUGUCUUCAGUAUCUGGACCCGAGAGCUGGUCUUUGUCCCCACUCUAUGUCCUUUACCUUGUUGCGUCUAGCCCUGGACUGCACCUCUACACGACCACGCAACAGACCCACCAUGGAGAAUGUGUUACAGGUAUUGAGCCAGCUGCUUCCCCUGCCGUGCCCACCUGAAGACCAGCCCCACACACUGACCGACGAGGCCCCAGCUCCCCCUGCCUCUCCUGCCCAGACGGGACAGGGCCCCAGCUCCAACCCCAGCCCCAGUGUGCCUGUGGAGGAUGAUGAGCUGCACAGUUACCCCGUUGAGAACCCUCAGCCAGCUCCAGCCCAGGGAGGACCCUGUGAGUGUAGCCAGUCAGAGGUCACCUAUCUGGGCAGUGGGGAGCGGAGCUGCCACCUGUCACGGGAGGGGGCUGGGGAAAGAGCAGGGCUAGGGGCUGAUGAGGCUGACCAGAGCCUACAGACCAAUGGAGAGCCAGUGGAUCUUUACGGUAGCUGGCCAGUCCAAUGUAGCUGUUCAGCUGAGGUGAAUGGACUGGGCUGUGAAGACUGUAGAGCCAAUGGGUUUACUCCCUGCCCCUCAGACCUCCCUCAAGGUGACCUCAGCUUCUCUUCCCUCAGUAUAGUGGACAACCCUGCCAAGCAGAGAAUGAUGAAUAAGAUUGAUCUGUACAACAGAGGCCUCCUCAGAACAGAGGAACUCCUCUCUGUCUCCAUGACCACCCAGGAGUGACAAAGCUACAGAGGAACUCCUCUCUGUCUCCAUGACCACCCAGGAGUGACAAAGCUACAGAGGAACAACUCUCUGUCUCCAUGACCACCCAGGAGUGACAAAGCUACAGAGGAACAACUCUCUGUCUCCAUGACCACCCAGGAGUGACAAAGCUGAUCUAGGAUCUGCUUGCCCUCCCCGGAUCCUAAUCUUAACCAUUAGAGGUUAAAAACACAAAACAGACCCCAGACCAGCAUCUAGGGCAACUUCACUACUCUAAAUGACACAUGCAUACAGUACAUGGCCUGCUGAAAGAGAGAGGGUUAACUUAUCCAUAUAUCUGACUUAGUCAUUGCUGGCCCUGGUUAAAUGACCUGGUCCUGGUUAAAUUAUCUUGCCCUGGUUAAAUGACCUGGUCCUGGUUAAAUGACCUGGCCCUGGCUCUGGUUAAAUGACCUGGCCCUGGUUAAAUGACCUGGUCCUGGCUCUGGUUAAAUGACCUGGCCCUGGUUAAAUGACCUGGUCCUGGCUCUGGUUAAAUGACCUGGCCCUGGUUAAAUGACCUGGUCCUGGCUCUGGUUAAAUGACCUGGCCCUGGUUAAAUGACCUGGUCCUGGCUCUGGUAAAAUGACCUGGCCCUGGUAAA